AUGUCAUUUGGAGGAUUCUCAUUUGGGGGUGGUGCUAACACGAACACGAAUACCAGCGCCGGUGGAAGUCAACCUGGCGGUCUGUUCGGUCAGAGUAACCAACAGCAGCCAUCUGGUGGUUUAUUUGGGAGCACGACGACACCAGCAGCAGCUCCACCAAAGCCAGCUGGUGGUUUGUUUGGACAGGCACCUAGCGCACAACCUCAGCAAGCUUCAGGUGGACUUUUUGGCAGCACGUCCACAGCGCAACCACAACAGCAGCAACAGCAGCAGCAGCCAAGCGGUGGAUUAUUUGGGAAUACCCAGCAGCAGAAUACCCAACCACAGGGUGGUUUAUUCGGCUCAACCACUCAAUCGACUACGGGCGGUGGUUUGUUCGGUGGUACUAGCAAUAACAACAGCAACACACAGUCUGGCGGCUUAUUUGGCCAGCCAGCACCAAGUACUAAUACUGGUGGCUUGUUUGGUAGCACAAAUACGAAUACGCAACAACCAGCCCAGACGGGUGGCCUAUUUGGACAAAAGCCAGCAAACUCUCUGUUUGGAAGCACACAGCAGCAACCACAGCAACAGCAACAAGGUGGAUUGUUCGGCAGUAGUACUGCUCCUUCUGGUGGCUUGUUUGGCCAAUCUCAACAACAACCACAGCAACAAAGUCUUUUUGGACAGCCACAGCAACAACAACAACCACAGCAGCCACAACAAAGUACACUUUCUCAGAGUGUAGGUAAACCACCCGAGACGAACAAGGAUAUCGGUGCAGUAAUUGAAGACAUAAAAAACAGUUGGGAUGUCACCCACCCUGCUUGCAAAUUCCAAUUUUUCUUCUACAAUCUCGUACCACCUGAGCAAGUCAACCAAUACGGUAGACCAGCAUCAGUGAGUGAAGCAGCUUGGACUCGGGCAUGUCAAGAGAAUCCAGACCAGAGUCGCCUCGUACCAGCUCCGGCGUUUGGUUUUGAUGACGUACAGAAGAGAGUACAUGCUCAAGGCAGACAGGCUACCGCACAUCUCGUGCGUCUCAGUGAGCUCCAAGAGAAAUUGCGUAAAAUGAUGUUGAACACUUCUUUAUCACAUCACCCACGUUUGCAACGUGCUGCUCAAAUGCAUGCGCAGAUUUCAGCCCGUAUUUUGCGUAUUGUCAAACAUUUACAUGUUUUAUUGCCGACUGUCCGCGCUAGUUCAGUCAGAGCGGAUGAGGAGAAGCUCGCUGUGGAGUACGAGAAUAUCAACAACACUGUACAAAAGGCCAGAAUAGCCGGUCGGGUGAAUGAACUCUGGGCACUCGUAGGUGCACUCAAAAGUAGGAAAGAGGAAGGUGCAGCAUCAGUGACUGGAUCAUGGACAGUCGUCGACCAAGAUGGAAUGAAUGAACUACAAGAUAUCCUUCGUAAUCAACAAACAGGUCUUAGCCACCUCACAUCCACAUUACAGAAAGUAGAAUCCGAUUUAAAUGUUGUCAGGAGUGGUUUUGGUUUAGAAAAUCUAUCAAUUUGAUUUGUUAAAAAAAGUGAAUAAUAUACAAUAACUUAUUUUUUAUGCCUUUUCAAUUCCGUCUGCGUAUUGGAAUUGCCCACUUUGUUCGUAGGCUAACAUAUCGAGCGCUACUAUACAGCUAUCUCUGAUAACUUUUGGUGCAGAUUGGUUGUUUGCGAAAUCAAUGAGAGCAUCCUUGGCUGUCUUGCUGUCUGCGCCUAAACCACCUAAUGUUUCUGCGGCUUCGUGUCUAACCAUUUCAUGCUCGUUCUCAUCGUAUAAAACUUUAAGAAGACAUGGUAUAGCAGCUGGAGAAUCAAUUUGACCGAAAACAUAAGCAACUUCGUGUCUGAAUAAGGCUGAUUUGUCUGUAAAUCCAUCAGCAAUUGCGUUUAAAGCUUCUGUGUGGAUGUCUUGACUCGAUGUACUAUUUAAGACGAUAUUUCUCAAACCGAACAUAGCUCUGUAUCUUUCGAACAAUGGGAGACCAUCAUUGAGAUAGAUGUCGCGUAAAUUUUUAACAUCUUUUGCGUUCGAGUCUGAUGAUUUAGUUGCAGGUGCUGGAUCGAUAACUGGUAUCUGGUUCUCUUCAUUGUCAUUAUCUGUGUCUUUACCAGGACGAUGAUCGAAUUCAAUCUUCUUUAUUGAAAUAUCGCAAGUUUCUCUGAUACUGACAUCUAAUGAUUGAUCAGCGGAGUACUUUUUGAGUAUAUCCAAUGAAUCAAGGUUUGAAAUAGCACCUAAACUUUCAGCCGCUUCAUGUCUAACCAUAACAUCCUGACUUUCAUCAGCUAAGAUUGUGUUCAAGUGUGGUAAAGCGUAGCUAUCAUUGAUCUGUCCUAAAACAUAAGCUAAUUCAUGCUUCAAUAAAGCACUUGAUGAUUUCUGUAUAGCUUCAUAUAUAGCUUCUAUAGCUCUUCUGUCACCUUUCUGUCCAAUUGCUUUCAAAGUGAACAAAGCUCUAUAUUGAUCAGCCAAGUUAUCAUCAUUCAAUAAUCUAGCCUUUAUACUGUCAAAAACUUGCUCUGAUUGCAUUUUUUCUUUUAUCUAGC